UUAAAAGCAUAAAGAGUAAAACCAGAUUCCAUGUAAAGUAGCAAAGUUGUCGCUAGAAGAAGCGGAAGAAGCAAAAGUAGGAAUUGAUCAGAGCAUAACAGAGCAGAGAAGAACAGAGGAAGAGUACGAAGAGAAGGAUAAUCAUCGUGAAUGGCAGAGGGGAGUGGUGACAGAACUCUGCCGAGAAUCGCAGAGGCAUUCAAGGACCUCGCAAGCGUCGUCACCGAUUCGCAGAACGCGGAGGUGAAGGUUGCUCCCUUCUCCCAUGCCUGCUCUCUCGUUUCCCCUCUCUUUGGUUGCUUGGGUGUUGCCUUCAAGUUCGCCGAGAUGGAUUACGUUGCCAAGGUUCAUGAUCUGGUAGAGGCGUCGAAGUCUAUUCAGAGCUUACAGUCUCUGAUUGAUCUGGAUGUCCGAGGUGGCACUGUCAGGAAGGGAGGUAGCCACACGCGGAAUCUGCUGAGAGUGAAGCGCGGACUUGACAUGGUUAGAGUACUCUUUGAGCAGAUUCUAGUUACCGAGGGUAAUUCCCUCAAGGAUCCAGCUUCCAAAGCUUAUGAUCAGGUGUUUGCACCCCACCAUGGUUGGGCAAUCAGGAAGGCUGUUGCUGCUGGAAUGUAUGUCCUUCCUACAAAAGAACAGCUUUUGAAGAAGCUCAAUGAAGAUGAGGCGUCAGCAAAAGUUCACAUGCAAAGUUAUGUCACUGCAUCAGCACCUCUAGUCCAAUACAUAGACAAACUCUUUGUUUCCAGAGACUUGGGAAUAGAUUGGUGAAUCUUGGCAUAAUUCUUGUAUUUGAGAUUGUACAAUAUGAUUAACUGUUAAUUAUAUGGCAUAAUUCUUGUAUUUAUGAUUGCUAAGUAUUCAUUUGUUAUAGAAUUUGUUUAUAUUGCAAUAGAUAUUAAAGGCUAUUGAGAUGGUACCUGAUAUUGUCACUGAAAGGUAACUUUGGCUUAAGAGUAAGCUCUUCCUUCAGCUUUGGAGGAUUA